AUGGAAACUGGCGGAAUCUUUUGCCUAAAAGAACAGGGGACCAUCGGCAUUUCUGGAUGGGCCGCAAAUCAUCAGAACCUCUUUUCCGAGCCCUUUAGCUACAGUUCGGCAACACAACGCCAUUUAUUGGGAAAGAUUCGGGACCUCCAAAUCGAUACGCUACCUACGCUACCGAAAAAAGCUUUUGCCGUCAGGAAUUUUGGCCCGCUUUUGGUGACCGUGGAUGGGCGAUUGCAUGUGAAGCUUGAAGGCGAAGAAUGGUCAACGAUCCGUCUGCUCGCGCCACCCCUCUAUUGCCCACACAAAAUUGCCUCCACUUCGAAUGAGGAAAUCACCGUAACCUCCGUGGCAUUUGGUGCCCAUCGUACUGCUCUUAUCGACACUUCCGGUCAACUCUGGACGCUUGACAACAAAGAGAUCCAGCCCGGAGCGAAGAGCGUCUUCCUCAAAAAAGCCGUCUUCAUGGGCGGAUUCCGGAAGUGUACAAAAGUCGUGGCCGGAAGAAAUCACUUCCUGGCGUUGGUCAUCCGCGACGACGCACUACAAACAACAGCCAGCGCUGAGUUGGAAGACAACAUAUCGGAUAUUUUUGAGAAAAAUGAGGCACAUUUCCAAAAUUGCCCCGAGUGCCAGGACAACGGCAAGAUGCGGCUAUCAAAGAUGAUGCGGGCUGCGGAUCAGGAGCACGACCUGAUGGCGAUGCUGGAGAACGACUUCGAGAUCGUCAACCUGGCACAGCAGACGGAUAAAAAUAUUAUUAUGCGCGAGAGGAGGGCAUCGUUGGGGAGACAUCGCCACAGUUCCACCCCGAAUCGCGUGAAGCAGCUCAAGUCGGCCAGCUCGUCCUCGGGCAGUCGUGUCAACUCACUUUGCGAUGAUUUAAAAGACCCAGGCAGCACGAUGAGCUUCCUCUCCGUCGAUCGUUUGUCUCUGCAACUCCAUCAAGAAGAAUCUCCACCCGACAGCCCGGAGGUGACCAAAAAGCUUCGCCGCGAGAAUUUCCAUCUGUCCGAAGACUUCGUGGAGAUCUACGCCUGGGGCGAGCCGUUCCAGAACAACCUUCCCAGCCCGAACAGCACCAGCCCGCAGGUUUUUCGGGUUGGCUACGACCAGUACGGCUUGGACAUCUCGACCUCCGGUAACCGGGCCACGUUACUCAUAGCCAGCCCAUUGGGCCCGACCCAUGUUUUGGUGUGCCAACCUGAUCAGGCGGAUAACAAGAUGACAAUCCAGAAGCUGCCGCAGUUCGUGCAGGGCCACACCUGCACCUCCAUCGAAUCGUUCCAAUCCGCAAUCGGCUUCUCCAGUGCGGCGAGGACCGUCGCUGUCGAAGAAUCGUUUACGCUGUGGAAUUUGGCGGUGCGGUUCGGGCGGCUGCUCCGCUCGCUGUCGCGCGUCAGCCAGAAGAUACACGAGAAUUGUCGCGCAUCCUGUGCCGAGGAUCAGAGCGCUACGGUAGCGGAUUUGCUGCAUAAAUUUCACCUGGCUACUUCGGGAGCGGCAGAUGCGCUAGCUAGACUGUCAGGCUCCAUUCGGCAGGCCAUCGUCGUCCGCGAGGAGUUCAGCCCUAUCAAAUGUCUGCUACAAGCAACUUCUGAAGAUAUCCUCGCCCCGCUGGUCCACUACUUCGAGGCGUUCAGCGACGCGAUGGCGCUGGGAUGUUUCAAUGGCAUCGUUGUCAGCUCCGAAGCCGACGAGCUAAUCGGCCGACUCUGCCUCGAGUUCGGCGCCGACAGCGACUCCCUAGCUUCCCGAGUCCGCAAGAUUUGCAUUAAAGCGACCGACUUCCUGACCACGCUGAAGUGCAACGCCACCGAGAUGAUGGUGCUCGAAUCGGUGGGGUUUUUUGGGGGCAAAAAUACCGUGUUUUCGACAUGGUGUAAAUAUGUGGUGCUC